AUGAAGAAGGCCGCCUUCUUCUCCACACUCAAAUACGUUGGGAUCCCCUCCCCCCUGACCGUGAACAGGAACAUGAGACGAUUCAACAUGGCCGAAAACGACCGGAAGAUCUUCUUCUCCUUCAACCUGUUUUCCAUCUUUCUGUUCACGCUGCCGAUAGUUUACCUGGCCAAGGCGAAUUACAAAAUGUGCGAAGAGAACGAAGUGGUUUACAACAAUAAAACUCCAAACGUGCAAAACGCGCUGCGAUCGAACGAAAUGGGAAAGAUAGACGAUAAAGGGAACGCACAGGGAGAUGUCUUCGCCCCCGCAGAGGAAAAUAAACCAGGAAAGACAUCGAUAAAAGGGAGCGAACAAAGCAUUGUUGGGGGCAAGUCCCCCCUCCGUAAGCUCCCCUACCUUCUAAUCCCCCUAUCGGUGAGGUUCCCUCCGUUGGCAAAACUACUCCUGCUCUUCCUUCUGUCCAAGUGGUUAAAACGGGCAGUAGGCAAUGUGCUCAUUCGCUUCCUUUAUCGAAAAAACGACGAAUUAUUUCAGCAACUCAUCCAACUGCUUCUCCUACAAAUGCGCCAAAGCGGAGGAAAAAAGGGAAGCAACAAAUCGAGCUUCAAAGCAGUGUGUCCAAUGGUUGAUGCUGUGUAUAGUAACAUACAAGGAAUGAUGAAGUGCAUCACCCGUGUGUACUUCUUCCUUUAUGGGACCCCAUGCAGUGGGUUGCUCUUUCCUGAGGAUAUAAAUGAAAAAGCUGAACCUAUGUCGACUCCCAGGAGGGUGAGUAAUCUGUGGGUCUUGCGAGGUGCUUACCUUAAUUUGUUUGUCUCGCUGCUGGGCCACCCCGGUGAGAGCGACAAAGCGGAAUGGCCGCAUAACCAACCGGCACAACACCUUAACCACCCAACCGAACAGAUCCUCUACAAAAACAUACGCGACCUGUACAAGGUGAAAUAUCAAAAGGAGUAUCAGAUAAUGAUACGCAGUGAAUUCUUUUCCUUUCUUCAUCGUUUUUGUGAAUUGGUCCAACACGUAGGGAGGAAAGCUUUCUCCUCCGUCCACCUCGUUAUCCUAACUAUCGUGUCUAUUUAUUGCUUGUGUAGAAGUCUCUUCAUUUUAACACAUUACAUACAUGCCCUGGAAAAGAAGAAGCUGUAUGAGCGAUGUUGCGAGAGGGGAGCUGCAGCAGAUGAGCUGUUUCGUCUGCUCAUCGAAUCGGUAGCGCAAAUGAGCGAAGACCUGUCCACCUGUGCAGAGGGCAACCACCCAGAUGACGAUGACGAUGAUGAUGAUGAUGACCUGCCUGAUGGAGAACUCCACAUCUACGACGCGUUGCAAACCAAACUGCGCCUCUGCCUCAGCAUGAUCAAUCGUAUGAAAGAUAAACACCCCAGGGAUGCAUCUAAAAUGUUGGCGAAGCAGAAUCAGAAGCAGGCGCAGGACGUCCCCAGCUGUGAAGAACCUGUUCCUACGUGUGAACCACCCAAACAGAAGGAAGUGUACGAAACGGAACCGUCAAACGGCCACACGGGGGGAGAAACUGCAAAUGGUGAUCCUACCCCCCAAAGGAAGGAACAACAAGGGGUUGUAGACUUGACAUAUUCCGUUUAUUUGUAUGAAAGUAGAACCGGUGAGGAGGUAACGCAAGGGAUGAUGAAGCGCCAAGGUGGGUGUACCUCCGUUGAAGACACCUCUGCGGGACAAUCCUCCCAAGAAAAGCAACCCCGUAAGGUGCAAAAAGGGGAAGAUCUUACAGAGGGUAACUACAACAAUGGACCAACGGACAGUCACAUUGCAUCGUGUGGGAACGCUAAUGAAACGCACAGGAGACACAUCAAGGGGGGACCUUCGCCCCACCCCACUGGCGACCCGCAUGGAAGAAGCAACCCUCCCUCAAAUCUGAGCUACGAAACUUUAAUUAACGAACUGAAAGGGAUGUUUUCAAAAAAAAAGCGAUACAUAUAUAUGAGUAAAAAACUCUGCUUCGAUGAAUCGGUUGGGGACUUUGUCAUGAGGGACGUCUCGUCGGACGGAAAGGGGGACAGCGCCAACCAUAGCGGUAGCGACAAGGCAUGCACGGAUCGACGUGCCGAAAUGGCCGCAACAGGAGGAGUGUAUCCACGAAGCGAAGAAAACACGCCCGAAGAAAUGACGCCCGAAGAGGACCACCUCAGACCAAUGGUUGAUAUGCCCACCUUCCGACAGAACAUCGCGGCCGCCAUUACGCGUGAGAGGAUCGUCUAG